CCUAGUUCUAGAGCUUUGGUAUCUAGCAGGAAUCGUGGUUAUAGUUUACACAUAGUAUGCCCGUAGCCAGGCAUACAUACAUGGACUGUGGCAAGCUCAUGGCCUUUCCACUCCUCUGCUCUGCCGUCCUCCUCGGCACCGCCGCAACCUACAACACCGGCGGGGGCGUGGCUUCCUCCACCACUCACCUCCACUUCUACAUGGACGAUUUCUACACCGGCCCGAACCCCACAGCCUUGCGCGUCGUGUCCGGCCGCUCCCUCUCGCCCGACAACGGCACGGCGACGUCGCCGCGGCAGUUCGGCGACAUAGUGGCGCUGAACGACCCGCUGACAGAGGGCCCCGACAGGGGCAGCGCGCGGGUGGGCACGGCGCAGGGGUUCGCCGUGCGGGUGUCGGAGGGCGGCGUGGUGUCGGACCUUAACCUGCACCUGUUCCUGGAGGCCGGCGAGUACAGCGGCAGCUCCGUGGUGGUGAAUGGCCGCGUCGACCUGGACUCGGCGACGCGCGAGUCAGUGGUCGUCGGCGGCACCGGACGGUUCCGUUUCGCGCGAGGUUACAUGCUCUCCCGGGAUUACGAAUACGACCUCGCCAAUGGCGGCGUGGUCGAGCUCGACGUCUACGUGCAAGUGCAAGACUAGAAGCGGACACACGCGCUCGCUCGCAUUUGUGCCUGCUGCAUGUUCGCGAUUCAAAAAUCUGCACGUACAGUUUCGCAAAAUAAAAUAAAAUAAAACUGUAAUAAUCUGCACGUAAAUGGGACGCGAUCCGUUUCAUGUGUGUAUGUGCGUCCCUUAAACUUUUACAUAGACACCAAAUAAAUGGUAUAGACGUGUUUACACGAAUUCGUGGCGUACACAUGUAUGUAUCCUUUUUUUUAGAACUACACAUGUCUGUGUCUAUUUCAUGGAAACUUUACGGGCCGCCUAUUGAAUUGAAAAAAUAAA